GAGCCUAGAGGCUGAGAGGGGUUGGACACUGCUGCAUCACUUUGAGAGUGGGUGGAGAAAGAGAGAGAGAGUGAAAGAGAACACGUCCCCUACUCCACAGCACAGCGAGUCCUGUAACCUGUUGGAUCCCAUUUGAACCCGUUUGUCUUGGUGUCUUCUGUGAAGAAGCCAUGAAGACCCCACUCUGGACCCUUCUGUUAUUGAGUUUGUGUGUGCCGGGUCGCAGCGACUGCCAAGGGGAUUGUUUAACCUGCGCACUUCUCCUGCCUCAACAGCAAGCCUUCAACACCCUUCAGGUGUGUCUGCUGGAGUGUGAAGCCCAGGCGUCCCCGGCUCCCACUUGGGAUCUGUGCAAUCGGGCGGUAGGUUUGAACUCGGCUGCCCUGCCACCAGAAGAAGAUGCCGUGUCAAAGCGUGCAGAGGACGAAACGGAAGCAGUGGAGCCGUUGGCCAUGGUGAGCAUGGAGGAUGACGGAAGUGUGGAGUUCUCGGAAGCACUGGAACGAUUCCGCCAUGCAGCACAAGCCCUGGGGGCCUCCUACGAGCAACAGCCUGACUCCAGGAUGGAGGAGGAAGUGGGGCAGGGACGAAACGUGGUUGCUGAGGACGAGCGCGAUGGCUCCAACGACUUAGAUUUAUCCAAACGCUUUGGCGGCUUCCUGAAGGGCCGCCAUGGCUUCCGGAAGCUGUUGGGCUCCGGCAGGUCCCUGCAGAAGCGCUACGGUGGCUUCAUUGGGAUCCGCAAGUCGGCCCGGAAGUGGAACAACCAGAAGCGGGUGAGCCAGUUGCUGAGGCAGUACCUGAGCCUCACUUCCCGCUCGGGCCGCUCAGGCCGCUUCAACAACCUCUCCAUCGCCGGAGUCCGACAAAAGAACGAAGUCUGAGCCCCUACAAACAGGCGCUGACCCCCCCCCGCAUACCUCUUUCAUGUACCGCAACCCAAGACAUGUUAAAAUAUUCCAAGAUAUUGUGUUGAUAUCCACUGAGGAACGUUUUUCUUUCCUUCUCCACCAUUGACAUUUCCAUGAAGCAGUAAACUUUCUGAGAUCUAAAUGAGUUCAAGCUCAUUGUGCUCAUCAAGAAUUGAAAAGUCAACAGGCUAUUUGUUUGGAAUUUUCAGCAGUUGAC